AUGGGGAAUGCACUGAGCCUGGGAAGCAGGCCUCGCCGGAGCGGGGGUUGUGUCUGGGGGUGCUUUGUGUGUCUUUCUAAUGGGUCUCUUGUUGCAGAGCCGCCCGGCUGCCCAUCGCAGCUGGCAGUGGAGGACGUGAAUGAUAACUCGGUGUCUCUGGCAUGGAAAGCCCCAGAGCAGACCGGCUCUGCUGCCCUAGAUGGAUACCUGGUGGAGUGCUGCAAAGAUGGAACUGCAGACUGGGUAGCUGCGAACAAAGAACUCUUCCUUUCUACUCACUACACAAUCCACAACCUGGCCUCCGGAGACAAACUUCAGAUCCGCGUGAAGGCUGUGAACGCAAGUGGCACCAGUGUUCCAGCCGUCCUGGAGCAGCCUGUCGUCAUCAGAGAGAUACUUGAGCCUCCGAAGAUCCGCGUGCCGCGCCACCUGCGGCAGACGUACAUCCGGCCCGCGGGAGAGGUGGUGAACCUGUUGAUCCCCUUCCAGGGAAAGCCGAGGCCCCAGGUGAGCUGGAGCAAGGAUGGCCGGCCCCUGGAUCCCACGCGGGUGACCGUGCGCAAUGGCGACAGGGACACGGUUUUCUUCAUUCGCAAGGCAGAGCGCAGCGACUCUGGCCAGUACCAGCUGACCGUCAGGAUCGACAGGCUGGAGGACAAAGCCACCAUUGACCUGCGCGUGGUCGAGCUGCCGGGCCCGCCAGAGAACCUGAAGCUGGUUGACGUGUGGGGGUUUAACGUAGCGCUGGAGUGGAGCCCGCCGAAGGACACCGGGAACGCUGGGAUCCGGGGAGCGGGUGUGUGGAAAGGGAUAAAGCGCUCACGGCAAUGGUUCACCGUGCUGGAGCACUGCCCCCGCCCCAGCUGCACCAUCUCGGACCUCAUCAUCGGCAACAACUACGCCUUCCGGGUGUUCUCGGAGAACGCCUGCGGGCGCAGCGCCACGGCCGCCGUCGCCACGGAGCUGGCCCACAUCCGGAAGCCAGAAAUUGCUUACAAGCCUGAGAAAUAUUCGGGCCGGGACUUCUCCGAGCCUCCCAAAUUCACGCAGCCCUUGGCGGACAGGUGCACCACCCGGGGCUACAACACCCAGCUCUUCUGCUGCGUCCGGGCCUUCCCCAAGCCCAAAAUCAUCUGGCUGAAAAACCAGAUGGAGAUUCGGGAAGACCCCAAGUACAUCGCGGCGAUCAACGAGGGGGUCUGCUCGCUGGAGAUCCGCAAGCCCAGCCCCUUCGACGGCGGCGUCUACACCUGCAAGGCAGUGAACCCCCUCGGGGAAGCCUCGGUGGACUGCCGGCUGGACGUGAAAGUACCCCAGUGAGGGCCACGUGGCGGGGCUGCUGCACAACAAGGCAAGUGGG